AGUGAGCCUUUCAUUUGGCUUCACUUGCAGAAGGCGGUCUGUGUGCUGUCCAACAGUUUACUGAAAGCAGGAGAUUUCCAAACUUAAUUUCUUUGGAUCUGUAAGUAAGUCUUAACCGGACAGACUGGGAGCUCACUUGGGAUGGCGCAGGACAUUACCAGUUUAACUGGAGAGGACUGUUUUGAGGGGAAUUCACCCUGUUGUUCAGUCACAGGAGCUUUGAGUCAAGGAGACAAGGAAUAUGAUGAUAUUUUGGAGCUUAAUCAGUUUGAUGGACUACCUUAUUCCUCUAGGUUUUACAAAUUGCUGAGUGAAAGGAAAGAACUGCCAGUGUGGAAAGCAAAGUGUGAAUUCAUGGACACUUUGGCCAAAGGACAGUUUGUCAUUGUCAGUGGCUCUGCCAAAACUGGGAGAAGUUCUCAAAUUCCCCAGUGGUGUGCUGAAUUCUGUCUGUCAGUCCAGUUCCAGCAUGGCAUGGUGGUUUGUACCCAGAUUCACGCACAGCAGGCAGUAGAUCUCGCCUUAAGAGUGGCUGAUGAGAUGGAUGUCAACAUUGGUCAUGAGGUCGGGUACAGCAUCCCUUUGGAAACAUGUUCUACUAAUGACACAGUCCUCAGGUACUGCACAGAUGACAUGCUCCUGAGAGAGAUGAUGUCAGACCCUUUGCUUGAGCGCUACGGUGUGGUAAUCUUGGACCAGGCCCACCAGAGGACCGUAGCCACCGAUGUACUCCUGGGUUUGCUGAAGGACAUCGCCCUGCAGAGGCCAGAGCUCCGAGUGGUCCUCCUUACAGCCGUCGAACCCGUCCCCAAGCAGCUGGCUCACUUUACCGGGUCAGCAGCGCCUCUGAUUGGCCUGGAGAGCCCGGGUGCAGGGGAGGUGGUGCACAACAGCACAGGUGACAGCUACUUCUGCUCUGCUCUCCGUCUGGUGCUGGAGAUCCAUCGCUCUGAAGAGGAAGGAGAUGUGGUUGUGUUUCUGGUGACGGCGCAGGAGAUAGAUCUGGCCCAUGAGAUCCUGUGUCAUGAGGGGCACAGCUUAUCCCCUGAUCUGGGUGAGCUCCUGCCCGUUGCUGUGCACCCUGGCCAGCCUGGGAAUCUACCAAUCCUGGGGGAGGAGGAGACAGGCCGGCCCCGCAGAGUAUUCCUCACAUCCAGCCCAAACGAGGACUUCUUCUGGGCUGUUAGCUCAAUACGUUUUGUCAUUGAUGCCGGGAUUGAGAAAAGAUAUGUUUACAACCCCAGGAUCAGAACAAACUCAGUCAUCAUUCAGCCAAUCAGCGCAGGUCAAGCCAAGAGUCGCAAACAGCUGGCAGGUCCAACAGGCAAGUGUUUUUGUCUGUACCCAGAAGACAGACAGCUUCCUAUUGAGAUACGCCCACAUGUUGUGGAGUCUGACAUCUCUUCCACUGUGCUCUUCUUGAAGAGGAUGGAGAUCGCUGGACUGGGACACUGUGACUUCAUCGACAGGCCAGAUCCUGAAGGCCUAAUGCAGGCUUUGGAGGAGCUAGACUACCUUGCAGCUCUGGAUAACGAUGGCAACCUGUCUGAGAUGGGCAUCAUCAUGUCUGAAUUCCCUUUGGAGCCCCAAAUGGCCAAAACUCUGCUCGCCUCCUGUGAGUUUGACUGUGUCAGCGAAGUGGUCAUCAUCGCUGCCAUGCUAACAGUACCAACUUGCUUCACGGUUCCCUCUGCGGACCUGAAGCCAGAGGCGACUCAGUGCCACAUGAAGUUCCAGAACCCAGAGGGAGAUCACUUCACCCUUAUCAAUAUCUACAAGGCCUUCAAACAGUGCCAGCAGGAUCCAUACUGUAAUGUGGCGAAAUGGUGUCAGGAUUUGUACCUGAACCACGCUGCUCUGCUGAUGGCUGACGCUCUUCGUGCUGAGAUCACCGACACCCUGAAGAGGAUCGAGCUGCCCAUCUCAGUGCCGGCCUUUGGUUCCCGAAGCAACACCCUCAACAUUAAAAGAGCUCUGCUGGCAGGUUUUUUCAUGCAGGUGGCGCGGGAUGUGGAUGGAUCGGGGAACUACUUCAUUCUGACCCAUAGGCAUGUGGCACAGAUCCAUCCUCUGUCUGGCUACGGAGCCAAGAGCCCCAAGCUGGGCCUGCCUGAGUGGGUGCUGUUCCACGAGCACUCCUUCUUUGAGGACAACUGCCUCCGCACCGCAACCCACAUAACACCGGAGGAGUUCAUUCAGAUGGCACCACAGUAUUUUUUCUACAAUCUACCGCCUAGUGAGAGCAAAGAUAUCCUCCAAAACAUUUUGAACCAUGGAGCUUCUCAGUACCAAGAGCAGAAACCUCCAAUCUCCCAAGAGGAACCCCAGACUUCUGACCGCUGUGUCAUACAAUGACUGACUAACCCACUGUUCUCAGUAGAACUUAAUGCACUAUAUUGCACAGAAGCACAUUGUCUGGAUAGUUGAGUAAUUGAUUAUUUUGUUUGUUUUUAGGAGUAAUUUCCCUUCAUCUGUGCCCCUCAUCCCUCAUUUUUGUCACAAUAUCAUAUUCUGUAUUUAACAGUUUUACAAAGUGCACUAAUGUAUGAUAUGAAAACAAUAAA